AUCAAUCUGAAGCUGACAUGACAGAUCAACAUCAAUAAUUGACACGCAAUUGAUUCUCUGCAUCUUGAUAUUCAAUCAUUAAGUCACUCUUUUCUACCUUUUUACGCGAAAAUGCCGUCUCCGAUCGUUGCCGCUACACUCCAGGCUGCGGGCCUGUCGACCAUCUCUAAUAUCCUUGCCCAAUUCAUUGAGGCUCGUCAACAGAGUCGUCCGGUCUCCCUAGACAUCGCCCAGCUUCUGCGCUUUGUCUCCCUCACAUUAAUGACCGCUCCCCCAAACUAUCACUGGCAAGGGUAUCUGGAGCGAACAUUUCCCGCCUAUCCUGCUGCUAGAGGGCCACAGCUUGGGCGUCUGAAUGAUCUUGAGAUGCAGCCUACUGAAGAUGCACCCGAGCUCAAGGAAGGCUACGAGGAGCGCAUGGCGCAGAUCAACAAGGACAGAGAGCCUCAGUUUAGCAUGCGCAACACUAUAACCAAGUGGUUCGUUGAUUGUAUCACUGCCGGAGCUAUAAUGAACACGAUUGCGUUUUUGAUCAUCAUGGGUCUGAUGAAGGGUCAAGGCGGUUCUCAAAUCUGGAGCAACAUCAAGACGGAAACCAUUCCCAUCAUUGUGGCUGGCUACAAGAUUUGGCCUGUUGCAUCCAUCAUCAGCUUCACUUUCAUCCCUGUCCACCGACGAAUUGUGUUUUUGAGCUUCAUCGGUCUUCUGUGGGGAAUUUACAUGAGUCUGGUGGCUUCACGGGUAUAGAUCGUUUAGUGUUUCAUUCACUUUCGUUAUCUCGUGUUAAGCGAAGGCCGAGUUUGGCAGGCUUUGUAUUUUUCAUGUAUGCGCCACGAGGGGAAAACCUCUAUUAGCUGGAUUGUUUGGUAAAGAUCGCCUAGUUUACAGUCUGUUAUACUGUUGUAGCGUUGAAUCGAAACAAAUCUUACUACACGGAAAAUAAGAGGAGUAUGUUAAGCUGGCCUCUAGGGAGGACGAUUGAUUCAACAGUGUCCAUGGGGAUUCGACAUCUGCCCGCGGUAUUAGAUUCGUUUGAUUUUGCGUUCGGAAAGGGUUAAAACUGCAGCUUCAGCAG